ACGGAGCCAGUUAUACUCACGGUCACCUUAAAGAUAUGUUCCAUUUUAAAUUACUGCUUCUGUUGCUUGGUGUUUCGGGGAUAUCCUUUGCUCAUGUUGUUCAUGAGCCCGAACCAGAUCCAGAUCCCGAAACAGGUACAGAAACGGAUCCUGAAGAUCCAGAGGAUCCAGAAACAGACCCAGAGGAUCCAGACACCGAACCCGAAACGGAAACUGAAUCAAGGACCACAACUCGCACCCCACCAACAACGACCACCUCAAAGGAUUGUAAUAUAUUCUAUAAAGAUUAUGAAUGGGCUCUCCAGGAUUGCGUCUGCCGUUGUUUCCAAAACGGUUGCCUUAUGAAAAUAGAAAACGAGCAGCGACUAAGUGAUGGCAAGACACCACUUGUACCCGUUUCGAAAGAUCUGUGCCAAAGUUUUAUCAACAAAAAGUGUAGCGUGGGCUUCCCCGUGGUCGCUGAGUUCCCCAUAACAGCCCUUUGCGGCUGCAAUGGGAAGCCAGGAUCAAUCGCCACAGAGCGGUUCUACAGCCUAUGCCACCUACUCAGAUACUCAUCCGAGAACUCAAAACCAUUCAUUGCUUACUCGUAUUGUUGGCCCAUAUAACUGGCAUGCAUUCAAAUAUUAAAAACUGUUUAAGCCGUUGCUCAUAUUCAUUAAGGGUUUAUUUGGUAAUGGGGAGUUGGUCGUUUUUAUAUGCUUAAGUUUUAUUAAUUUAUGUGUUUUUGAUACAUUUAAGUGUUAUCUAUUCAGGGAAAGGGAAAUUUUAUGGAUAUUAACAAUUUUAAGCUUAAAAUGUUUUUUAAGCAUAUCACCCAACUUAACUGUAUUUUAUUAUACAUUUUAUUUAUCAGCUUUUUUUUUUUUGGCUCAAUCUGGAAAUUAUUUUAGGUAUAUCUGUUCUUG